UAACAUCGGAUGCCAACCGCCUUUAAACCCCAUUGAAGAAGUUUUACUUUUCUACUACUAUGUUUGCCCACAAGAGGGCAGUGAAGAGCGACAUCAAUAAUGAUAUGUCAUCAUUUUGAGACCGACCAUCGUAUGUUAUUUUUAUUUUUUCUCGGCCAUCUAAUGUCGUCCAUUCAAGUUGUGUUCACUGCUUGUGAUUUAAUUUGAUAAUUAUCCAUUAUUUGCCUGCUAAUUCUGCACAAUACUAAUAUUAAAGCAUAUUAAACAGUAGUUGGAACGUGUCUGUAAGGGUUUGUGGCGUUGUUCAGCAGAGUUCUACGUUGCCAUGGCGACUCCAGGGGGACAGGGGGGAGGGGCGUUGUCUACAAGAGGAGGAGCUAGGAGGAUGAAAUGGGCUUUGGAGCUGACAAAUCAAAUCAAAUCAAAUUUUAUUAGUCACAUACACAUGGUUAGCAGAUGUUAAUGCGAGUGUAGCGAAAUGCUUGUGCUUCUAGUUCCGACAAUGCAGUAAUAACAACAAGUAAUCUAACCUAACAAUUCCACAACUACUACCUUGUACACGCAAGUGUAAAGGGAUAAAGAAUAUGUACAUAAAGAUAUAUGAAUGAGUGAUGGUACAGAACGGCAUAGGCAAGAUGCAGUACAUGGUAUAGAGUACGGUAUAUACCUAUGAGAUGAGUAAUGUAGGGUAUGUAAACAUAAAGUGGCAUAGUUUAAAGUGGCUAGUGGUCCAUGUAUUACAUAAGAUGGCAAGAUGCAGUAGAUGAUAUAGAGUACAGUAUAUACAUAUACAUAAGAGAUGUGUAAUGUAGGGUAUGUAAACAUUAUAUUAGGUGGCAUUGUUUAAAGUGGCUGGUGGUACGUUUUUACAUAAUUUCCAUCAAUUCCCAUUUUUAAAGUGGCUGGAGUUGAGUCAGUAUGUUGGCAGCGGCCGCAAAAUGUUAGUGGUGGCUGUUUAACAGUCUGAUGGCCUUGAGAUAGAAGCUGUUUUUCAGUCUCUCGGUCCCUGCAUUGAUGCACCUGUACUGACCUCGCCUUCUGGAUGAUAGCGGGGUGAACAGGCAGUGGCUUGGGUGGUUGUUGUCCUUGAUGAUCUUUAUGGCCUUCCUGUGACAUCGGGUGGUGUAGGUGUCCUGGAGGGCAGGUAGUUUGCCCCGGGUGAUGCGUUCUGCCGACCUCACUACCCUCUGGAGAGCCUUACGGUUGUGGGCGGAGCAGUUGCCGUACCAGGCGGUGAUACAGCCCGACAGGAUGCUCUCGAUUGUGCAUCUGUAGAAGUUUGUGAGUGCUUUUGGUGACAAGCCGAAUUUCUUCAGCCUCCUGAGGUUGAAGAGGCGCUGCUGCGCUGCUGGCAAUGCCAGGGGUCGUGGUGACAGACAGAGUAACCAGGGAGAUGUGAUGUAUCCAAUUGGCUAUUCAGACAAACCAGUCCCAGACACCAGCAUCCAGGAAUCAGACAAAAACCUGGUGGAGAAGCGUUGCUGGGACGUAGGUCUGGGGCCCCUGAAGCAGAUUCCUAUGAAUCUAUUUAUUAUGUACAUGUCUGGUAACACCAUAUCCAUCUUCCCCAUCAUGAUGGUCUGUAUGAUGGCCUGGAGGCCCAUCCAGGCUCUCAUGUCCAUGUCUGCCACAUUCAAGCUGUUGGAGAACUCUAACCAGCAGUGGCUUCAGGGGCUGGUCUAUUCUGUAGGAAACCUGCUUGGCUCAGCAUUGGCUAUCUACAAGUGUCAAUCAAUGGGGCUUCUCCCAACGCACUCUUCUGAUUGGCUCGCUUUCAUAGAACCGCCUAUGAGAAUGGAGAUUAUGGGUGGAGGGAUGGUGUUGUGAAGAGGACAGGUGCGCGUGCACACUGAAAUAUGCUCAACUAUUAAUUAUGAAUACAUGAAAUCUCUUCCAAGUCUUUACAAUUCUCUGGCUUUUAGGUUUUUGUCAAAUCCCUCAAGGUUUGUAUUGAUCACUACACUUUGUUGCUGUUCAUUCGUGCGUUUUUAUUGCAAUUUUCACAGGUGAUCAAGCGUUACAACUGAUAAUAUUAGGGGGCAAAUCACGUCCACCAUCCUACUUAAAUCCACAUUACGGUUAAAUUAAGAUGUCACCAUAACAUGUUUUUCAUUUCAACUUUUUGUCAAAUAAAAGGGGUCAAAAAACAAA